AUGUCAACAUACGAUCCUGAUCAGUUCAAUUCUUAUAAUAACGAGAUUGCAGCUUGGUCUAAUGAAGAUGAAUUUCAGUUAAAUGAAUCAAACGCAUCAAACAUAUCAGAAAAUUUAGAAAAUUUACAUAACUCAGAUGCUGAAUCAAACUCAAACUCACCCGAUCAAUCUACAUCACGUAUUACUGGC